CAUGGUCAAUACUUAAUUUUCAACUAUUAUGUUGGCAUAAUUCUUAAGAGAAUUGAAAUAAUUUAAAAUUUAAUCCAUUGCCAUUAAUUCAUCGGCCAUUGUAAAUAGCAAAAGCUGGGCUCAGGUCGCUAAAAAUAGUGUGUCUAGGAAAUUUCAAGUAGCAUAGUUAUUUAAAUAACUUAAACAAGUAUGCAAAGCUUCUUACAAGGUUCAAUUUUACAACUACAAGAAGAUGUGUUAAACAAUAGCUAAGCUGACACAGGUACUAAACCUUGAAUAUAGUUUUAAACAAUGAGUCAAGUUUGGGAGAAAUUGUAAGGGAUUUACUUAAACUACCUGAAUGUUGUACUCAAAGCAGCUUAACCGGCGUGGUGUUUUAUUUUAUGGCCUAUGGGAAAGCUACAUAAAUAGGCUGAUUAGCAAAUGUUGGUCAGUACAGUUCGGUGUCCUGUCGAGGAUGGUUCUUCCUUCCAAGUGCAAAAUCGUUGACUGUGCAUAAUUACUGAGUGAAUUUGUGAAAAUCAAAGUGCUCUACAAACCUUUUUAAAAUGUCGACGGUUGGUGUAAGUGUUGCCAACCUCGAGUUUGACGCUGCGCAAGCUCUGUUGGAUCUCCAGAGCAAUUUCCGUCAAAGAAGACAAGAAAAUUAUGAAGAGAAUACCAAAGAAUCUGGGGACACAGCUAAAUUAUUUCUGAGCUGUUUUAUAGCUUCGAAUGUAACGAAACCAAACACUACUACGGUUCCUGUGACUCAAGUCCAAUCUACAGGCCCCCUGUAUCCAAUUAAAAGUGAUGUGGGGACUUCAAUGCAAACUGUCAAAAGAAAAACGCCUGAUUAUGAAUUACCGCAUGACUAUAGCGUCGGCGGUCCACAUCAUAAUGAAAAGCCAUACGCAGAAGACUCUGAAAACAAAAAGGCUAAAACGACGAAAAGAAAGUCCAUAAAACAAUUUACGGUGACCGCGGGCCCUGUGCCAGAUGCUUUGGCUAACAAAAAAGCUGAUCUGACCAAUAAGCCAAAUAAAGCGCAUACUCCUGAAAAAAGAAAAAGAACUCGGGAUGUAGCUACUCAGACCGAAGAAAGGGCAGCUAUAGAAUCGAUGGAAAGUACUAUAGCUACCUUGUGCGAGAAAAUAAAAUGCCUCCAAGCAGAAAUAGAAGCUCUUACAGAACAGAACGAAAAGAUUGCCAGACAACUUUCUGAAAGUGAACAAGAUUUUGAUUGUGACGAUGAUGAGUCUUACAAAGCAGACUCUAAUGAAAUGGACGAUAGCAAUGCAUAUGACUCGGAUUUGGACGACACUGACUACAUCACACCCAAAAAAGAAAAUAAACCGAAACUUAAAGUUGAACAACACAAUGGGCAUAACAAACCCACAAAGGUUUUGAAAAACAGAAAUCUCAACACUAAUGAUGACGUGGUAUCUCUUGGAGAUGGAAACGCAGUGAUUCCAUCUAGAAUCUUUAGACACAUCAAUUGGAAUUCCUACACCAGUGCUACACGAAAAUUAUUGACAGCUGUGUUUUCACGCAGAGUUUUGGCUACACAUUCUCUAACUGGCAAACCGUCACCAGCGUUCCCAAAUAAACCAGCCAAGAAGAAACUUGAUCAGUCAAUAGUUAAUGACAUUGUUCAAACAGUAGUCGAGCGUUGUUGUGUCCCGGAAAAUGUUGUCAGGACCAGCAUAACUACAAAAUGCGCAGAUGAAAGCAAAAUGUUCCGCACUCGCCAACAAAAUAAGAAGAAGCGCAAACUUAAGUUUAACAGAGAAAACAUCCCACCAGGAUCGGAAUCUGAUGAUUCGGAUGAACGAUGAAUUUUAAAAUAUGUAACAAACUAAGAUACGGGUACCUACUUCUUUAGCUAGGACUUUUACAUUAUAAGAUUAUUGACAAAAUAAAUUUAAAGUGGUUACCACUAACUCCGCCACCGAGAUCAACCGGUGCCAG